CCAAGCAACCAAGCACCAAGCACGCCCUUUUCAAUCGCAACGGUUUCGCACCCCGCGCGCUCCGUCCCCUCGGUCUUGGUUAUGCCCUUGGGUGGAUGAUUCUCUCUGGCAGAUGGAAGCGAUAAGGGGCACCCGCGCAAUCUGGAAUCUCGCAACCCCCUACGCAGAUGCAGCAUGGCUUCAUCCGGCCUGCCACUCCCGACAAGAGACCAGUGCUACGCCCUCACAGACGAACAAUGCCGCAAGAUUCAAGAGCACCGAGACCCCGAAGGCAGGAGGGCGAACGCGGAUUGGGAACGCCCGUACCAGCCAGAGCUGGUGCGACACUACAUGGCCAUGCUGAGCUUUAAACAGGUCGAGGAUGCCAUGAAGUCGAGGCUGGAGUGGUCGUACAAGACGUACCAAAACCGAUAUAGGGAUUGGUUGUUUCCCCUCGAUAGGCUGGAGCGGGAGCAGGUCGUGCGUGAAAUCUUUGCCUGGAUAUCGAGUCAGGACGACUACAUCCCCCCCAGUGCCGCGACCCCUUUUCAGACUCGACAGCUAGUCCGACCCAUACAACCGCAGCCUUCCCCCCAACAUGCCCGACCGCAAGUCAUACCGCAGGACUUCUUCCUCCCGCCGCACAUGCGAGUCCCUAGCUAUCCGACCCAUUCACUGAAUCGAACGUCGUCUAUCUCAACAACCGCUACCUUCGCCUCUGCAAGUACGCAUUCGUCGUACACGGGUUACGACGACACCUUUUCAAGCCACCGGGCAUCGAUUGCGACGACAAACUCUUCCCUCAGUAAUGCAAGUUACUAUUUCUCACAACCAAGGCUACCAAAGCCACCGAAACAUGACCCCGUUGCCGGUUUAUGGAAUGGCGUCCUACGUGUGAUCCCAUGCGGCAAGGACCAUUGUAACUGGUCAUGGGAAGAGCCCUUCAGCAGUUGUUCUGUGUGUGGCUUCACGAGAUGGCAUAGCUUGAUGCUUCACGCGGGGGCUAUGGGCAUUAAUAACCUUAUGUCUGCCAUGAUGCUUCUUGCAGACGUUCCCAGAGUCGACUUCGCAGGAAACCAUCCAAUCCAUUAUCUCAUGUGCACGGGCGUGGGCUUUGAAUUCUUUUCGAGUCCCUUUCAGUGGGAUGGCUUCCCGCAGAAUGUUUUCGGUCAGAACCCCCUUCAUGUCCUAAACCCGCUAGGCCUGGGAGAGCAGCUUAUUACCCUUUUGGAGUGGUUCAACAGUCGAGAGAAUCCACCUGGACUACUUCUGAUGCAGCGCGACAUAUAUUGCCGGACCCCACUCCACACCCUUCUACAAUAUCCGCUCGAGCGAGAAAUGUACCAGAAGGUUCUCCGUGUCUUCCCCUACGCCGAGCUCUACCUGAAUGCUCUUGAUACGACCGGUCGAAACACAGUGAAGAUGAUGAACAAGGCCGCUAUGAAGAUACAGAUGGAGUCUCCAUCCGAUUACGCAAAGAUCCAGGAUGGCAUCACAGAGGUCAAAUUAUUCCUUUCCGAUGCUGAAAGAACGCAUAGUAACAACAGUCGGGCAUACGGAUUCCAUGAUAUUGCCCGAGGUGCCAGAGGCAUUACGAAUUCGCUUUUUGGGUAUUAUCAGUGCAGCAUCUGCAACCAAUACAACGCACACUCAAACUCCUACUUGGCCCAACUAUAUUGUGCUUUCAAAAAUGGCAGAGAUCGGAAUGGGCCUGACGAGACGGGCAUGACACCGGCUCAUGCGCUGGUAACAUUGGCCCGCUGCAAUGACGACGAGGAACGGACGCCCGAGACUCCCGCACAGACCGCAGAGCUGUUCAGAUUCCUGAUUCCCCCAGACGAUCCCAGGCGCCCCGAAGCGCUACAUGCUCUGGACCCUCAAGGCAAUACUCUGGUAUUCAACAUUGCAACGAGAGGCCUGAACGAGAUCUUAGAGUAUGUUCUACAGUUGGUCGAUCCGUCCAGGAAAUCUGCGAUGGUCAAUUGCUGUUCGAAAGGCCCGGACGGCAAUGAGUGGAGCGUCUUGAUGGCUGUCAAGACGAAACUGGACGAGGCUGCGAAACAGAUACACAUUGCGGAGGUUACCCACAACAAUGGUCUGAGAGCGGUCAUGAGGGAGAAGGGGAAGCGUCUGUACAAAUGCAAGACUAUCUUGCAGAAUGCGGGUGCUCAACUCCACCCAAGCAUAACGACACGAUGGCGGAUCGCAUGAUCUUUUGCGUCACCCACGACAGCCCGCAACGUCCACGAUCCUCCACGCUCGGCGUCAAGAAUCUCGCCUUGCAUUUCAUUUCAUUCCGUGUAUCAUCUGGGGCAUUGGCUCUGUUGAUCUCCCUUCCAUA